GCGUGCAGUUCCGCCGGUGCCCGCCAGCCCGCGCUGGGGAGACCCGGUCCCGGGGGCGGCCCUCGCGUCCCGCCGCAGCGGCUGCCACGUCAGCGCGUCGCGUGUCCCUGCGCUGCGCGGGCCGGGCGGAUGGGGAAGGCGGCGGCGGCCUUCAGGGCCGAGCUGGGCGUGCGGAUCGCGCUGUUCGCGGCCUUCCUGGUAACAGAGCUUCUCCCUCCCUUCCAGAGGCUUAUCCAACCGGAGGAGAUGUGGCUUUACCGGAAUCCGUAUGUGGAAGCAGAGUAUUUCCCUACCAAGCCGAUGUUUGUCAUUGCAUUUCUCUCUCCACUGUCUCUGAUCCUCCUGGCCAAAUGUCUCAAGAAGGCAGACAGGACAGACAGCAGACAAGCCUGCCUGGCUGCCAGCCUUGCCCUGGCUCUGAAUGGUGUCUUUACUAACACAAUAAAACUGAUAGUGGGGAGGCCACGCCCAGACUUCUUCUACCGCUGCUUCCCCGAUGGGCAAGGCCAUCCUGAGCUGAUGUGCACAGGAGACAAGGACGUGGUGAAUGAGGGCCGUAAGAGCUUCCCUAGUGGACACUCUUCCUUUGCAUUUGCUGGUCUGGCCUUUGCUUCCUUCUACCUGGCAGGGAAGUUACAUUGCUUCACACCACAAGGCCGUGGCAAAUCUUGGAGGUUCUGUGCCUUUCUGUCACCUCUACUUUUUGCAGCUGUGAUUGCACUCUCUCGCACCUGUGACUACAAGCAUCACUGGCAAGGUAAACAAGACCUCAUCUCCUCUCUCUCCAGAUGUACUAGUUGGAUCCAUGAUUGGACUGACGUUUGCCUAUGUCUGCUACAGGCAGUAUUAUCCUCCUCUCACUGACCCAGAAUGCCAUAAACCAUUCCAUGGCAGACCUGCACUUCCCACCGCACAGAAGCAGCCUGGUGAUCCUCAUCAUUUUGAUAUUUAGAAAUUGGAGCUACCUCAACAGGGAAAUAAGUGAAUCAGCCCUUCUAACUGGACUAUGCCUGAGACAAGAAUUUCUGACCUGUUUACCUCUUAAGAGUUAAGUGAGGACAUAAGCACAUUCCACCUCCAUAUGAUCAUGCCAUUCUGCCCCUACUCACAGGAAUUUAUCAUGAGGAGUCAAGGUUCUUUUUCACUACUGUAAGCCUCACAUUCUGGUAAAAAGAUCUUUCAGUAGUCCUCCAACAGCGUAUGAAUCUGUCCAUCAAAUUGGUAUUCCAAGACAGUGUUUUUACAUUUAAUUAAAAUGCCAUUCUUGGAAGGAUCUUAUCACAAAGAAGCCUUUACAUAGCCCCACUUUAUCCUAGAAAUUAGAGUUAUCAAAACUUAAUUUCCAUUUUCCGUAGCUCAAAAUCUUAAAAUCUAGGGCAUGACCAAUUAAUUAUUUUGACUCUGUUUACUUUCUUGGGUAAUAAUUCCAUAGAGCCUUAAAUAGGAAAAUUUCCAAUUCUGGCUAAUUUACCACUGUCAUGCAUAUCUUAUCUAAGUCCAGCCAGAUACUGCUGUCCAUUUUGAACACUGUGAACAUAAAUGAUCUGUUGAAUUACUAAGUAAACACAAUAAAAAACAAAAUGGGCAGGAGUGGGGCUUCAGUUCUAACAAGUGAUGAUUACUUCUACCUCGUUUGUCCUUCACUGUGCUCAUGAGCUUCUUUCCCUCCUUUCAUGACUGAAGAUCUGCCCAAAUGCAUCAACUUUGCCAACUGGCUAAAGCAGGCAAGAAAAAUUAAGAAAAAUAACAGAUAUCAAUAUCUGGAGGACAAAUGAAUCUUUUUCUGUCCCUUCUUCACAAUGGGAUAUAAAGAACAAUUACGAGACAUCAUCAGAACUGAUGCUGUAGUACCUACAACUUUCCUUUUAUUGUGAUUAUACUUUAUUUUUAUUUAUUUUUUUUUUGAGGAAGAUUAGCCCCGAGCUAACAUCUGCUGCCAAUCCUCCUCUUUUUGCUGAGGAAGACUGGCCCUGAGCUAACAUCCAUGCCCAUCA